GCGUACGGUCUCUUACUUAAUUAAGAGAUAUUUGCACCAGUUAGAUCUCAAUGUCAGCUUGUUCUAUAAUAAUCCUCACACGCUCGGCAUCAGCCACGUUUUCGCAAGAUAAUAAGAAAUAAUGAAUAAAUUCAACAAACAUUUCAUUGCGGUUCUCUGCAACCUCUUAGCUGCAUCUAUUCUGGAGUGCGAUGCUCUGGAAUGUUACAGCUGCCAGUCAGUAAGCGAUGCACAUAACUGUAACACAACAGUACGUUGCAACUCUGGCGAGUCAUGUGCAAUGACCUCAGCUCACACAAGUAAUAAUGUUAAUGGAUUGAAUAUGGGAUGUUUAGAAAAUCAGAAAUGUAGCAGUGUAGGCACAAUUGGUAUCCCAGUUGGUAAAAGACAAACUUUAACCUGUCAUGAAUGUUGCUCUUCGGAUCUGUGCAACUCUGGGUUGUGCUCACAUCUACAACCAAGUGCAUGCGUCGAUGAUGAAAGUGAGGACUGUGCUAAACUACAUUCUCUGUUUAACAUAUGUAAAGAUAUACAACACGCUAAGUUGGUCUGUCCCAAAUUCUGUGGUUUGUGCAAUGUAGUUGAUGGUAACUGGGAACAGUGGUCUACCUGGACUUCAUGUGACGUUACUUGUGAUAAUGGAACUCAAGUCCGUACUCGCACAUGUACACAUCCUGCACCUGCAAACGGGGGAGAUGACUGUACUGGACCAAGUGCUGAGACUAUACAAUGUACAAGAGAUUUAUGUCCAGUUCAUGGAGGUUGGACGACCUGGUCUGGAUGGGGAUCCUGUUCCUCAACGUGUGAUAUUGGUAUCCAGAGACGUGACCGGUCAUGUUCGAAUCCGUAUCCUUCUCGUUUCGGGGAACACUGUUUUGGAGAGUCACGUGACGACAGAGUAUGUCUACAGUCACCAUGUGCAA